AUGCACCAGAGGAUCAAAGAAGUGUCAGGGAAAAAGGCAUCAGCUAAAACAAGUUGCCUGCGUUCGAGAGACGGAAACAUUCUGACGGAAAAGGAAGACAUUCUUAACAGGUGGUCAGAGUACAUAGAAGAGCUGUACCAUGACGAAAGAGGUCCACCACCAUAUAUCAGCAACGAAGAUGAGGGCCCUCUAAUCCAUGAGGAUGAAGUACGUAAGGCACUCAGUAAAAUGAAAAGUGGCAAGGCCUCAGGACCUGAUGAAAUUCCAUCUGAAGUCAUCACGGCUCUCACCGAGAUGGGAAUCAAAGAAGUAACGAAACUUCUCAAUUCAAUCUAUGAUACAGGCAAUAUCCCAGAUGAUCUGAAAAAGUCGGUCUUCAUUGCACUCCCCCAAAAACCUGGAACUGUAGAAUAUGACCAACACAGGACAAAAAGUCUGAUGAGUCACCUCACAAAGGUCCUCCUUAGAAAAGUCAGACAUUCUGAUCUGUUUGACAUUCUACAAGGCUUGAAUGUGGAUGGCAAGGACCUCAGAGUCAUCAGAAACCUCUACUUGGAACAAGAAGCAACAAACGGGUGGACAAUGAGUGCAGUGAAUACAGAUCAAUCCGAAGAGGAGUCAGACAAGGAUGUGUUUUUUCACCAGACCUUUUCAACAUCUACACCUACUUGCAACUUAACAUGUAAAGGAGAACAAAUAAAACAAAUGGAAACCUUCAAAUACUUGGGCUGCACAAUAACUCCAGAUGCCAAAUGUGACACAGAAAUAAAGACGAAAAUUGCAAUAUCAAAGGACACAUUCACCAAAAUGAAGUCCAUAUUUACCAACAGAAACAUCAGCCUACCCACCAAACUCAAUACACUGAAGGCAUAUGUAUGGCCAAUUCUUCUGUAUGGAUGCGAAUGCUGGACACUAACACUAAUGUGGCGAUCUUCCAAAGCGGCAUCUCCAUUUGAUGGACGGUGUCCUCAACAAUGGCAGACUGGGGUCGCCCUGGGAUAG